GUCGGAUCUCUUGAAUUUUUAAAGGAAGGCCAGUCGAACGGAACGGGAUUUUCCUAAAAAGACUGACCACCGUGCCCCCCGGCCCCGGCCCCCACGGCCGUGCCUCUUUUGAGGUGCGGUCAAGCGGUUUCGCCAUGGAAGGGCUGGGGCGGGAGAUGUCCAGCCGGCAACUGUUUGACAUCCAGAGGGAGGCUGAAGCGAUGCAGAUGGUGUGGCUUCAGGAGCACACUGCGCUGCAAACCUUGGCCGCCCAGGUGGAAGCGGAGCUUGGAGACAGGAGUCGUUCGGAGAGCUGUGAGCUUUGCUGGCAACCCCUGGCAGCCAGGUCACCGAUGCGUCGAUGGCCCCGUGAGACGCGCUGCAGUUACCGGCGAGCGGCAGGUGCGGAGUUGGUGCUGACCUUCCAGCUUGGAGGAGAGAACAUCGAACCCCACUCCGCGGUGUGCUCCAGGGACCUGGCUGAACCACCAAGCUGGUGGAAUCUGAAGAUCCAGGGCCAUGGUGUUGGUGCGGAAGAGGUCAUUGUGCUUCCUCGCCUGUGCUACGAAAUGGCAGGCCAAAGACAGGAGCUGACCGUUCACCACGAGGCAGAACACCAGCACGAAAGCGGCCCGAAAGCACAGGUGGACCUGAGCUUCUGGGGCACUUGGCCCGAAGAGCUCCGCCGCGCGGAGGUGAUGUCAACGGCGGCGGUGGAACAGGUCUAUUGCUUCGUAGAAGUGCUGCCAGGGCCUCCGGUUCGACAGCCCUUGACCAUCGGCGAGAACAAAGACCCGAGCGAACGAACACAAAGCAGCUGACGGA